UUUAACUUUUACGAUACAUCGAUAUUACAGCAUGGCUGGCGCGGUUUGGCUUUGUAAUUUUCUGAGUAUUUAAUGCAUAUAAGAUGUAAAUAUUAUGAAAAAGGAACCAAAAGAACAGAUUGAAAUUUCAUAUUGACUUUCGAGUCUAAUAACUAUGGGUGAUAAAUUCUUCCGCCUUGUCUACUUUUUGGUAGAUAUAUGUCCAGAGACUCUUCGAAAAUUGUUCAUCACUAAAGCAAUGACCGACCCGGGCACCACUUUUACAUCACUAGAUUCUUAUCUAGUGUCUAAACGUCCACAAAUAGCAAAGGUUAAACAACUGCGCCCGGAUCAAUACAAUUUACUCUUUCCUCGAUGUGGUCCUGCAAAUGAAACAGAGUGGGACAUUACUUUACUGUCUUUGUUAAUAAACAAGCUAUUCAGUUGCUCAAGUCUUAUUACAAUUGCUAUUGAUCAAAUCAGAGAAGUAAGGAAUAAGUUGCAACACCUUCCAAGUUCAAGUAUAGAUGACAAAGACUUUGAAGACUAUUGGAAUCUUUUGGAAAUAGCUACUUUGCAUUUAGCUGAUCUUCAAGGACCCGAUUACAAAAAAAGCAUUAAAGAUAAAAUUGACAAAGCUUGCAAUAUGAAUAUGCCAGAUCAAGGAAACACUCUAUGUAAAUGGUUUGGAGAAAAAUUUACCGAAAUGCAGAGAGAUGUUAAAGAAAUUUCAUCAGAUACAAAAGACAUUAAAAAGGCUGCCAGUCAAAGUGCAGACAUUCUACAGAGCACAUCCAUAACUACCAUUGGAGUAAAUGGGAAAGCAGUAAAAAGGUUGAAGAUUUUUCAUGAAGCGUUAAAGAGAAUGCAUGAAAACUUUGAAAGAACAAUUGAUACGCAGAUUCUCGAUGACUUUGUUACUCCCCCUGAGGUUGAUAAAAUCUUAACAAAGCUGAAAGAAAAUCGUCUGGCAGUAGUUUCUGGACAUAACAAAAGCUUUUACUUGGCAACAGCACUGGCAGCCAUUAAGGGUAUGGGGUAUAAUGAAAAACGUUGCGUUGAGAUGAAGAGCUCCUCUGAUUGGAAGCACAUAGAUUCUGAAAGUGUAGACUUUGCAUUAUGUUGUAAUCCAUUCGGUAAAGAGAUGUAUGAUGAGGACAAGGCUAAGUGUAUGAUGGAAAUCUUUGACAGUAUACAAGAUGCAGUGAAAGAUGAAAGGGAUGGCAAGAAGAUUGCUGUUUUGAUUGCUUCAGAUAUUGAUGUCCUUAAUGAAUGUAAAGAGAAAUAUUCUCAUGAAUUACUUGAUGAAGUUAUCACCGUUUUCAAUGCAACUAGUGAAUCUAGACCAACAGAUCUAACAGCAGCUGAAUGUAGAGCAAAUAUUUGUUCUUCAACCACUACCGUUAUACAAAAUCUUUCAGAGCUAACAAACCUUUUCCUGGAGCAUAAUCAGAGGCAAGUUGAUCCUGAAAUUUUAAAAGCUGCAAAAGACAAGAUAAAAAAGCAUAAAUCAGUGGUACUGAUUGGAGACCCGGCAAGUGGAAAAACCUCAGUGGCUGUAAGCCUUGCAGCUUCAUACAAGCCUUCCCAGGUUCUUCUUCUGACAUUCCCAGAGCAGAUACAACAUGUGAAUCACAAGAGAACACACCUUGUUAUAAUUGAAGACUUUGCUGGCAAGUAUGGGAUGAACAAGGGUGAAAUAUGCAACUGGUACAAAACACUGGACCUACUGAAUUUAAUGAAAGCUGCAGGAAAACUCAAUCUGAUUGUAACAUGUGACAAAGGGAAAUUUAAAACAUGCCUGGAGAAAAUUAGAAGUCAUCCAUUAUUGGAACAUACAGUUGAGCUUCACCAACAAAGUGUUCUCAUUAAAGGUGAACAUAGUACAGGCAAUGUCGAGCAAGCAUCAGCUGGUUCACAAAGUAACAUUUCUGGAAACUCUGCCUCAUAUACUGAUCCAAAACAAUUCAAGUUUAGUGACAUAACCGAGUCACUGCAAGGCCAAGAUGAUUUUAAAUUUCGGAACUCAGAUUUGCCAUCACCAGUGUUACUAAUUGGAUUUGAAGAAGAAUAUGAUUCAGCUUCACCUAUCAGUCAUGAGUCUGACCUUGAUUUUGGCGAUCCUGAAGAAAUUGAACCGUCUUCCAUCAGCAACUUUAUUAAACGUCGUAGGCUUGAGCGGGUAAAGAAAGGGCCUAAACAAAGAUCCAGACCUGAUGCAAAUCUGGAAAAUGAACAGCCUUCCAAGCCUAAUCAACUAUAAAAUCUUCACAUGAAGGAAUACAGGAACUGGAAGGAAGUUUUUCUAUGAAGAUAAAGGGGAGUUAUGUUACUGUAAACAGUAUGUGCUUCUUGAAUGAUGCCAUAUCAAAGCAUUUUCUUAUACAUCUUGGAAAACAUUUCAGAAGAAGGAAGUCUCAGAUAUACUUUUGAUGUACAGUGCAGUCAAUUUAUAUCAAAUGUUUAUUGAUGACUGAUUUGUUAUGGCAUGUGUCCUAUAAAGUAUUUGAGAUUUAUUUAUGUACAAAACAAAAGGAAACAAUGGCUAACAGCAAUUGAUACUCCUCAAAGGUUAAGUUUGGUGACUAUCCAAUCCAAGGAAUUAACUUGCCAAAUAUGGAAGAAUUAUAUCAUUAAAUGAAGUUGGUGGAAAUGCUGUAAGAAAACAGAACAAUGGAAGGCCAAAGCAGCAACUAACAAAAACUUUAAUUGUAUCUGUACAUAAAUGGUGUUAUUUCAUUGAAUAUAACAGUUAUGUUUUUUUUUGGCAUUUAUAGAAUUUUCACAAAUAUAAGUACCUCUCUCUAAAAUUAUGUUUAAUUUGUCCAUGAUAUCCAGUUUGCAAAACUAAGAUAAUCCAGUUUGCAAAGUUCCACAUAGCCAAUGGCUUAUUUUAAAUUUCAAUAUGAAUAUAUAUAAGUCAAUAUUUAAAAGGUACAAACAAGAACUUCUUUACUUUGUAUGUUUGCUCUGUGUCUUGUGAUAAACAAGUUUAAUUGAAAUAUAAGCAAAAAACAAAAUAUUUGGGUCACCGACAUCAUUUUCCAGUUAUCUGCCCUUAAAUUUGAAAAUUGUGCUUAUUUCAAGGGCAGAUAAUUUCACAAUUAAGAUUAGCAAGUUGUUUUUACUGCUUUUCAUGACUGUAGAUGACUUCUAUUUUUCAGUUUCAUUAUGCUAUAUGAUUAUAUGUAAGUUUAUAUUGUUUUGCGGCACAUUAUUUUUGUAAAAAAAAAUUGUGAAUUCUGAUCUCUGUUAAGUGCCUUUGCCUUUAUAAUAAAAUGAUGUGCCAUCUAGAAAAGAUAUAUACAAUACUUUACAACAAAUUCCUUUUUCAAAUACAUGCAUCAUAUUUAGAAAUUGUAUUAAUGUGUAUGUAAAUUAUUGACAAUAUGCAUUUGUUAUGAUUAAAUUUUAAUUUUUGUAAAAUACUUUUUGUUUCAGUUUAUAUGAUUGUUUUAAAUUGUGUCAUAUAUUUUAUAUAAUAAUGUUUUAAUGUUUUACAAUUUUAAAAGAUUGAUUUUUUUAUCAUAAAGGUUAUUAAAAGUGAUCUUUUUAUGUUCGAAUGUGUUU